AUGUCCUCCACGGCACCAGCAGCCUAUCUCCCUCUCAUCCAACAACCUCCCACCAGCUCGAACCCAAGCAAACAAACCCCCGACCUCAACCAAACCGAAUCCCAGUCACCUCCAAAGAAGAGGAGCACCGAGCGCGGCCUCAGUAUCCCCCCUUCACUGGUAUGGAAAACCAUAACCCACUACCGCCGCUGGCCGCACUACCUUUCCACCUUCGCCGUCUUCUCCACGUGGUCCUCUCUGACAACCUACACCCCUUCCAUUCUUUUAUCCCUCGGCUGGUCCCGCACCUCAGCCAACGCGCUUGCCUGCGUUGGCGGAUUUUUGUCUCUCAUCGUCGUAUUCUUCUUCGCCUGGCUUUCCGACCGCACAAACCGGAGAGGAGCAACGGUGAUUGCUGCGCAGGUGUGCUACCUUGUUGUGUUGAUCGUUUGUCGCCAGGUGCAGCAGGGUAAAGAGAUGGAGGAGCUGGGACGCUGGUCGAGAUGGGGACUAUGGACGGCUGUUAAUGCAUUUGCUGUGGGUUAUCACCCGGUGCAUAACACGUGGGUGCAGUUGAAUUGUCGAGGAGAAGGGGAGAGGAGCGUGGGGAUUGCGAUGUGGGUUAUGAGUGCUAUUACGGGGUUGAUGGCUGGUACGCAGUUUUAUCGGGCGGGCGAUGGGCCUUUUUACGAAAAGGGUCUGUUAAUCCAGAUUUGCAUGGUGUCGGCUGGCAUCUUCUUUGCCGCGAUGCAAAUCGUCAUUUAUGUUGUUCAUAAUAGGCGGGUGGUGGCUGGCAAGGUCAAGCCGGGGAAGGAUGGGGAGGAACCGCAGGUUUAUGUGCCUUGA